GCAAUUAUCAUCUACGUCAUAGCUACAGGUGAGGGCGUGCGUCUGGCACAUUGUAGAGCGUUCAGGAUAUCUCUUCAACGUUAUCCUUAAACAAUUCCCCAAUCGAAAACAAACCCUCUCACAAACGGAAUACGGCAUAGAGAAAUAAAACACACGGGACUAGCUAACGUGAACGUUCGCACGAACUUUGUUUGGCGGGGUGCAUGCGCAGUAAAUGGCAACAUAAAGUUCGUCCGGACCAGUAUCAUUCCGGACGCCGGAUCAAACGGGCCGUGUCGGCGAAUACGGAAAACAAAAAACGCGCGAAAAUCAACUAUUUCCCUUUAACCCCCCGAGUGUUUUAUGUAAGCAUAUACGAUGUGUAGAAAGCAUGUUUGUGUCAUCUUAGCUACCUAUUGAGACGAAAACUUUUUCUGUUACAACUAGAAAAAACUACUUUCGUAAAAAGGGCAUCAACAAAUGUUUAGACAUGCUAAACUACCCUCCGUCUCCAUAUCUGGACGUUGAUGAUGAGAGAAGAGUGGUGAAUACGAAGAAGGUGGUGUAUUCACGGCGGCCGUGGUAUGCCCCGGCUAUCGACCCCGCGGAGGCCAUAAGACGACAUUAUAAUUUACCAGGCCGCGACGACGACGGCGAAGACGACUACAACGCAGAAUCGCAAGACUACUAUGACAAGACGCAGGAGUAUGACGACCCAGUGACGUCACAGCGCGUGGAGGUCAGCCAGUACGCGGACCCCAGCCCUGGAGACAGCUUUGAGCCGACUGUCAAUUCUGUGGCGUCGCCGGAGUACUCUUUGGCGAGUGCCGUGAACUUGCGAGAAGCGGUGCUAGUGGCGCUAGGUGGCGCAAGCGCAGCCCUAGUCCUACUGCUAGUGAUGGCGGGAGUGUUCGUGGCGCGGCGCCGCAAGAACAGCCCCUCCCCCGCGCCCUCGCCCCCCAUCCUCGUGUACCCGCCGCAUGACGUCACCGCGCCUUGCUAUAUGACGAAAGAGGUGAACUUCUCUCUGCCGGCACUCCGCUCCACGUCCAUGGGCGAGCUGCGUGACGUCAUCAGCGUCAGCAGCCUGGGCAGCGAGUCGCUCGCGCCGGCGCCUUCGCAAUACCGCUCCAACUCUUUCACGAACACAACCGACCUCGGCGUGCUGGACCCCUCGCUGUACAAGUCAGACUGCCUGGACGAGGACUACAUGUGGCCUGAAGGACACGUCGGUCGCGUCUGGUUCACACUGAAGUACGAGGCAGGGACGGAGCGGCUGCAAGUCCACAUCCUGAAGGCCAAGCAUCUGCCGUCGAGGACGCCCGCGCUCGCCAACGCCUGUGACCCUUAUGUCAAGAUCCAGUUGUUACCGGAUGAACGGCGAGUGCUUCAAACCAAACAAAAGAAGAAGUCAUGCAAUCCAUUCUACGAUGAAACUUUUGUCUACCAAGUACCAGCGGGCAAACUGGAAUGCUUAACCCUUAAGCUGUCAGUGAUAGACGCGGGUCGAGUGGGCGCGGGCCGGCAGCUGCUGGGCCACGUGCUGCUGCCGCUCAGCGAGCUGGAGGGCGACGCCGACGAGGAGCCGCAGCUGUACAAGCUCGAUAUAGAGAAGGAAAUACAGGACCCAACAUCGGAUCUCGGGGAGAUUCUGGUUUCAUUACUUUACAACGAAAACCUGAAUCGGCUAACUGUUACCGUAAUUGAAACCAGAGGACUAAAGAUGGACACAUCAACCACGCGUCGCGAACUAACCGUGCGUGUGACACAAGAGCGCGCGUGCCGCGGCGUGCGCGCGCGUCGCACGGCUCCCGUGGACGUGCAGGAUGAUGGUAGUGCGCUCGUGUCCGAGUGCUUCCACUUCCGCCUGCGUCCUGAUGAGCUGCAUACUACUAGUGUGACCGUGCAAGCGCUGCAGCCGCUGUCGGCGUGUGCUAAAGAUCGCCUGCUGGGUAAAUUCGUGCUCGGCUCAUACAUGUUCGCUCGGGGGCGCGCGCUGCAGCACUGGAACUCCGCGCUCGCAUCACCCAUGGAACAAGUCAAGCAAUGGCACCCGCUCACCAACUAAAAGACAACCUCGGAAUUUUAAGGCGGCGACUGACUUGAGCACUUGACCGUAACGUUACGUUCACGGCGAGCCAAACCGUAAUAUCAUUUAUUCGGGCGAGAAACCUGUGAAAAUUCUUCGUAACGUAACGUAACGUUACGAUGAAAUGUUACAGUGCAGCGAUCACAGGAUUCGAUGCUAUUUUCGAAUCAACACAAACAUAUUAUGGAAAAAGAACAGUAUCGUCAACUGUCACUGUCAAAAUACAAGGCAAGUUUGUCAGUUCCAAAAGAGACAUUUGUUUUUUUUCCAUACGUUUGUGUAGAUUCAGAAAUAGUAUCGAAUCCUGUGAGCGCUGCACAGAUCAGUCGCCGCCUUUACUGUACAUGUGUUUAAACCAAUUAGCUGAACUCAGGAAGUGGCACUCUGGCAGAAAUUACUUUCCUCUUCCAAUUCUCUUUAACAAAAUUUUACUAAGUUAUUUCUAUGAAAAAAAAAGUGGAUAACACAGCCAAAUUAGAAUCGGGCCCCAAGUCUGCUUAAUUAUUAAUUUUAUAGAUGGCGAAUGAAUUUUAACUCGAAGAAUUAACAUAUUUGCCAAACAAAUAACAAUUUCUCGUGUUUACAUCCAAUUGACUUGUACAGAUGUUGCAAAAAGAGUAUACCUAAUAAACCGAAACCUACUUGAGCCGAGUGUUAUAUUCUAAGCUUGAAAAUGAAAUCAAAAUGUUAAAAUGCACCGUUUACUACUAUUUCCUAAAGCUAGAGUGACCACUGACCAUCCAGAUACGAAGGAAAAUAUUGAGUGGAACUUUUGAAAAAUAUGGAGCUUUUACCUAUUUGGACGGGAUGGAAUGUUAUUGCUAAUUGGUUUAUUUCCAUGUCUCUUGAUUUAUACCUAUAAAAGUAUUAACGGAUAAAUCAGGCCAAAGAAAUAUGGACUUGUAGUGAAUGUUUUAAAGUUUUAUCAUUUAACUGUACAAAUAUUCGUAUCUUUAGUUUUUGAAAGUUAUUAAUCUUGAUGUUUUAGGUAACUAUUUUUUAAUUUAUCGUUUUACAAUUUAUACUGUAGAUAAAAAGUACCUAAGUACCUAUAUUUUGUUAAAUUUAUGUACCUACCUAUUAAGCGCAAUCUCAAACUAUCGUAAGUAAAUGGAUCCAUUAAGUAUAGUAAAUAUGUAUAAUAUUAUAUUUUUUGGCCUUAAAUAAUCUUAAUCUUAAUUGAAUUCUGCUUUAAAGUGAUCUCGCAUUUUAAUAUAUUCCGCAAUUUUAUACUAACAUAAAGCAUACAUCUCAUUAACAAACCUCAUGGUACACUCUUCUUACUUACUAUUUAUAUUUUGUUAACAUAAAAAAGUACAAUGACACUCAUUUUCAGAAUUUUGGCAAAUAAAAUAUGCAUUGUUUACGUAUGGUCCGCACUAUCACAAAAUUACUGUUUGUUCUUGUAACCCUCAAGUGUAUUUUCUAUAACCUCACUUUAGAAACUAACAAGAAUCCCUCAAUGGUAGCUAUUCUGAAGGCAGAAAUUUCAAUUUUAUCGCUAUCAUACUAGCAAAAAUGAUAUAUUUACGGGCACAUCAUACGAGUAGAGUCGAAUUUUAAUCAAAGAAAUUAAGGUUUUGACAGCUCUUAAAUUAGAAUUUCUGCCUUCAUAAUCGACAUCAAUGUAUACAUACUUAUGUAUAAAUCAAUGGUAUAAAAUUACAAUCCGCCCUUCUUUCUGACAUAUUUUUUGUAAAUGCACACAAUAUCGGGAGUUUAUAAAGUGUCGUAUUUAAAUUAGAUUUAGCAUAAUUUAUCAAGAAAAUAUAAACAAUAUUAUACUGUAGCAAAAACACCAACUAAUCAUUAUUUAUUAUACCUAUGAGUAUACAUUAUAAUAAUUAUAAUAUGAGUGUAGUCAAAUUAUUUCCAAAAUAUACAUUUGACAAAGAUAUAUAUUUAUAAAUGUUAGUAUUUGUCGUAAUCAAAGUAUAAAUAAUAUCUACACGUAGUAAUUUGAUAUUACAAUAAUUUCGAUAUUCCUGCAAUUGAUAUCAUCAAUAAAAUAAACUAUGUAACGCCAAAUUGGCGAAUGUAAA